AUGUGGUCCAAGAAGCACGUCGGCUCGUGGGUUGAUGCCUUCAAGCCCCGCCGCUCCUCUACAUCCUCUUCCUCUUCCUCAUCAUCAUCCCGCAAAUCCUCUUUCUCGAUGUCCUCGCGGUCGGGGCCCAAUAGUCGUAGCGGUUCUCUGGCUUCCCUGACAUCGAUGGGCACUCUGGAGGAGCAGGAGCACCUUAUGGCCGAGCAGCCGAAGAGGGCGGCGUAUGUGCCGCAGCAUGCAGCCAGAUCCUUUAUGAAAACGGCCACUUCCAGGGAGAUUCGCAAGAACGGCGAGAUUCUGUGA